AUCUAAGCCAACGAUCUCCAAAAACACGAAAACAAUGUUUUUGAUGAAGGACUUCGGUUUUGCAAAUCGGAAGAUAUUUAAUAACAAUUGAUUAUUUAAAAGAUAUAAGCGUAAAACGCAGUACACUUGUCAUUUUGCUGAAGUUUUUUCUGUGACUAACAAUGUCGCCAACAUUGAUUCUGUUUGUUAUUGGCCUGUGUUGCCUCAAAGAAACCUUGGGUCAUGGGAUGAUGUUAGAGCCUCCAAAUCGUAGUUCCUUGUGGAGAUUCUACCCCCGUGUUCCUCCAAACUAUGACGAUGAUGGCAACUUCUGUGGUGGUAUGACGGUCCAAUGGGAUUCAUUUGGAGGUAAAUGUGGUGUAUGUGGAGACGUUUACAACCAACCUCAUCCUCAAGAAAAUGAAAAUACAGGAAAGUAUGGAAAAUUUGGAGUUGUAAGGACCUACAAAUCUGGUAGUGCCAUAGAUGUUAGUGUACUCCUUACCACCAGCCAUAGAGGAAACUUCAAAUAUAGCUUGUGUGUUAUUGAAGAUCCAAGCAAGCCAGAGAGUGGAGAAGACUGUUUCAAACCUCUCAAAUUGGGUGAUGGUAGCUCUCAAUACAACGUUCCUGGUGAAGAAGGUGAUUCCUUCACGGUGAACAGUACUCUUAUACUUCCACCCAAUUUGACAUGUGACAGAUGUGUGUUGAGGUGGCAUUAUACUGCUGGUAAUAACUGGGGUAAAUGUGACGAUGGAACAUAUGGAGAUGGAUGCGGCCCACAAGAAACUUUCCGAUCAUGUUCAGAUAUCAAGAUCGAAGCCUAAUCAACAAUUUUUAUACAAUAAACCAACUGAUUAGUAGAAAAAUAAAUGUCAUUAAAAAUUCCACUGAUGUAGGUACCUAAAAGUCGAUGUAAUUUAUUUGUAUAUACAACCAUAUUUUACAACUUUCAAUUGUACUUUGCCCUAUGUUGAAAUUUUUUAUGAAAACAUCAUUAAAGAAUCAAUGAUA